AUGAUGCCGGACAAUGCAUCCUUAAUCUCCUCGACCCCCACCCGCUCCGUCUUUCCCAAGGGCCCUAGCUUCACGCUCGAGGACUUCUCCAGCCGCGACUUUAUCGUCAAGGAAUUCAUUGAAGAGCUCUCCGACACUGCCAUCUCGGGCCGCCGCUCGGCCGCUGGAACCUCCGGUGUUGCCAAUCAAGCCUUCGAUCCCAAGCCCCUCAUCCGCACCUUUGAACAUGCCCAACGACGGCUAGGCGAGCUCUCGGGUGACUUGGAGAUACGCGAGAAUGAACUCUCAGCAGCAGUUCGACGCGCCGAGGCGCAGCAUUCACAGAAUCUUACCACGCUGGGCCGGAAACUGCGGCAGACCAUCGAAUCGUUUCAGCAGCUGGACACGUCGCUCAAUGGCGCCGGACUAGAGAAUGCCGGAGGCAUGGGGAAUAUGGCAGUGGAAACAGGAAGAAGACUGGAGGAGCUGGACCGACAGCGCCGUCGUGCGCUGGAUGCCCACUUCCUGUUGGAGUGUUGGGACGGGGUGUGUAAUCGGGGCGAGAUCUCGCUCCUGGAGAACCUGCGGCGGUCCGGCACGGGGGAGGCCAAAGUGCGCUCGGCACACAUUGCACGACAGCUGCUGCGUAUCAGUCAGCGGUUGGAUCCGCAGAGUUGGCAGCAGAAUCCAUCGGCUACCAAUGGCAACCUCACGGCGAGUUCAUCGUCGGAAUCCGUGAACGAGAGCCCUACACCGCGGCGGAAUACAAGAGAGAUUAUUGAGAAGUUCUCGGAGACUCUUGAGAAGGACUUGCUGAAGCAAUUCGAUGAAUUUUACCGCAAGGCCAAUUUCGAUGGCAUGAAGGACUGUGCUACCGUAUUGCAUGAUUUCAACGGCGGUGCUAGUGUGAUUGCGUUGUUUGUGAACCAGCACCAGUUCUUUAUUGAACGGAGUCAGCUGAUGACCGAGGAAGUGGGCGGCGAUGCCGAAUCUUGGGAGAAACUGGCCGAUCCGGAUGCCGAGCUUCCUGGUAUCGAGUCGAGCCUCCAGUCGUUGCUAGACGAGGUCAAGAUUGUGGUGCAGGAAGAGUCGGCAAUUAUCCGGAGAGCUUUCCCUUACUACGAUCAGGUUCUGGGGAAGUUCCUGCAGCGAGUUUUCCAGCAGUCGAUUCAACAGCGACUCGAGAUGGUCCUGGAAAAGGCCAGCGGAGUUUCUUCGUUAGCAUUUCUACGGUGUCUGCAGAGUUCACGAGGCUACAUCAGUUCAUUGAUUGAUGAUUUGAAAGCGCACGGAUUGACCGAACACCCGGACCCUAUCUCCUCUCAGAGCGCACUGCUGCUGGAUCAACAGCUGGAGGAGCUGUUUGUCCCCUACUUUGUAGGGUCAUCUUACAUCGAACGCGAGAAGCGCACACUGGAGGAACUAUUCAACGCAGUUUUGUUCCGAUUCACCUGCUUUCAGGCUCGUCGGAAGAAGGCCGCCACCACGUUCAUGGCGUCGCUGUCCCGGCCCGGAACCGAACUGCUUUCCACGACUCGAGACGCCUUCAUCAACCGGCUUGACUCGCCUGACAUCUCGCCCAUUCAACGGCGGAUGUUGAUGCAUGUGGCCAAAAUAGGCGAUGUCCCGGAGACGAUGAAGCUGACCGAAAUCAGACUCACCGAAGAAGACGGUCAGCCCAACUUGAGUGACGCCAAGCGCAUGCUCAAGUGGCUGGCGGAAGCGGUGGGUCGUGGGCUGGAGCUGAGCGUCAACUCGGAUACGCACAAAGACGUGUCGGCUCUGUUGACUCUGCUUCUGGUGACCAUGGGUGAUGGAUACGUAGACGUUUGCCUCGACGCCGCCCUGGAGGCGGCCACGCAGCAAGAGUCGGGGAAGACCGAGCCUGACUUUAGCUACCUCCUGUCAGUCCGAACGACCAUCAGCAUCACCACGCUGAUGGUGAUGUGUGUGAAUGCCGUGCUGUUGCCCCUGGCGACCGGCAGCAUCACUACUCGUCGUGAUAUGGAAAAGCGCACGAGCCAGACGACUUCGCGAAUUGAAGAGAAGAUCAAUACGAUCGAACAGAAAACGAUCGACGCCACUCUUGCGUGGGUCAGUCGGUUACUCUCCGGACAGAAGAAGAAUGAUUUCCGACCACGCGAGAGUGAUAACGCCUCAUGGCUUGAGAUGUUGCAAACUCCGACCUGCGCCUCAAUUUGUACGUUCCUGACCAAGCUGCACAACAUUGCACAAACGUCGUUACCGGCUAGCGGAGCCAACGUCCGUCAAGUACUCACGGAGAUUGCCCUGGGGACGCGCGGAUUGCUCCUGGAGCAUUUCAAACGGUUCGCGGUAAGCGGACCCGGUGGCUUGAUGGUGACCAAGGAUAUGACGCAGUACGCGGACCUGCUCAAGUCGUGGGACAUCGACGAGGAGACCAAGGCCCCCGGUGGCGCGCUGGACGUGCUACUGGAGGUGGGCAGUCUGUUUGUCAUCGGCGUGGAGGCACUGCGCGAGCGUAUCCGGGGAGGAGCCGCCAGUGGAGCGACUGGCGGGUCUGGCGGGUCGAGCAGAGCUGGCCCCGAGGCCAAAUUGAGUGUGCAAGAGGUGCGGGCGUAUGUCUCGCGGCGUGAAGAUUCGAACACGCUGGCCAUGCAGCAGGUGCUUAAUGCACUGUAA